AUGGCGGCGGGGGACGGGCCCUUCGCCGGCCUCGUCGCCGCCACCUCCCGGAUUGCUUCCCUCGGCCGCGCGGGCGACGCGGCCUCCUCGUUCGCCGUGUUCGACGCCAUGCCGCGGCGUGACGCCGUGGCCUGGAACGCCAUGCUCACCGCCUACGCGCGCGCCGGGCAGCCGCGCGACGCGCUCGCGCUCUUCUCCCGCGCGCCCGCGCCCGACGCGUUCUCGCUCACCGCUGCGCUCUCCGCGGCCGCGGCACUCCGAAGCCCCACCUCCGGAGCGCAGCUGCACGCCCGCCUCCUCCGAGUCGGCCUGCGGGCGCUGCUCCCAGUGGGCAACGCGCUCAUCGCCAUGUACGCCAAGUGCGCCCGCGCCGAAGACGCCGCGCGCGCCUUCCGGGAGAUGCGCGAGCUCAAUGCGCUGUCCUGGUGCUCGCUCCUGCAUGCCUAUGCCGCCUCAGACCACUUGAGGCUCGCACAGGAACUGUUUGAUGAAAUGCCCAACAGAAAUAAUGUCGCCUGGAACACAUUGCUUAUGGGAUAUUCACGCAGCGGCAAUGCUAACCAGUGCUUGCUUAUCUUCAACAAGAUGCGUAUGGCUGGACUGACUUGUGAUGAUGCAACACUCUGCCUUCUUGUUGAUGCUUGCACCGAGCUGCCCAACCCAUCUGCUGGCUCUGCAAUUCACAAGAUUGUAGUGCAGAGUGGAUGGAAUGCAAUGGCCGAGGUCAGUAACUCCCUGAUUUCCCUGUAUACUAAAUUCAGUUUGCUUGAUGAUGCCGUGCGGAUUUUUGAGUCCAUGGAGGUGCAGACCAUUGUAUCGUGGAAUUCACUGAUUGAUGCUUACAUGAAGCUUGGCUGUGUAGAAAAAGCCACUUCUCUCUUCAGAAGUGUACCUGAGACCAAUGUCAUCUCAUGGACUGCAAUGAUCGGAGGACUUGCAAGGAACGGCUGUGCUGAUGAAGCACUCAUGCUAUUUGUCGAGAUGUUGGCACACCAACACAUCCAUCCGGAUGACUUCACAUUUGGGGCUGUGCUGCAUGCUUGUGCUACUGUGGCAUCUCUAGCAAGUGGAAGGAUGGUCCACUGUAGGGUGUUCCAAAGUGGGUUUGCAUCCUACUUGUACGUGGCCAACAGCUUGAUGGACAUGUAUGCCAAGUGCGGGGAUUUGGAGGGUAGUACUAAUGUGUUCAGUGCCAUUGUCAACAAGGACCUGGUCUCAUGGAACACAAUGUUGUUCGGAUUUGCUAUAAAUGGAUGGGCCAACGAAGCACUGGUGGUGUACGACAGCUUGAAAUCCCAUGAGGUCUGCCCCGACGAGGUGACAUUUACAGGCUUACUCACAGCCUGUAGCCACUCUGGUCUUCUGGAGCAUGGGAAAACCUUCUUCGAGUCGAUGGUGUCUGUUCAUGGAAUUCAGCCAAAGCCAGAGCAUAUGUCUUGCAUUCUUGACAUGUAUGCGAGAUCAGGGAACAUUACAAAGGCUAUGGAGAUGCUGGAUCGUUAUUCAGAAAUGAUUCAGACACAUAACAGCGACAUACGUGAAGCUCUGCUUAGCGCAUGCUCUUUGGAACACCUGAAUUUCAGUGUUGCAAGGAAGGCAGUGAAAGACAUGGUGGCGACCAAGUCUGCGGGAGACGUGGGUUAUGUCAUGCUGUCCAACUUAUUCUGCGUCACUGGGCAGUGGAACCAGGCUGAGCGGGUGCGAAUAGCAAUGGCUGAGUAUGGCAUCAAGAAAUCACCUGGAUGUAGCUGGAUAGAGGUCCAAGGUGCUGUUAAGGUUUUUGUAUCAGGUGCACAAGAUCUUGAUCAUUCAGGUUCUGUAUGGGAUGUUAUUAGCUUGUUGGAUGGCGAAAUGAGAAAUAUCAUGCAUUUUGAUGUGUAG